AUGUCUGCCACCACUACCGUUACGGCAGUUCCGAUUGCUCCGCCGUCGACCGUGACGCUGGAGCCUGCUGUUUUUGUGUCCAAGCGCGAGUUCAACAACGACAAGAUCAAGACUGUGAUCGACCGUAUCGCCCAGAAAACGUAUGGCGACUGGAGAGACGAUCUUUUCCGCGACGGCUACGCCGUGGUGAAGAACGCUGUUCCGCGCGAGCGCGCCCAGCAGUACCAGCAGGAGGCGUUCAAGUGGCUGGGUCGGUUCAGCGACAAGUUCGACAUUCGCAACCCCGACACAUGGACGAGAGGAAACCUGCCUCCAAUGUCCAACACCAACAUUUUCAAGUCGCACUGUGUGAGCCACGAAAAGUUCAUGUGGGAUGCGAGGCUCGAGCCUGGCGUGAUCAAAGCGUUUGAGCGCCUGUGGCAGACCGACCAGCUGCUUGUGUCGUUCGACGCUUUGAACGUGACUCUUCCACACCUCAAGGACAAGGAGGCCGUGGCUCCCUGGCCGCACGUGGACCAGACCCCGUACCGGAAAGGGAUGCAUUGUGCGCAAGGUAUCAUUUCUUUGAGCGACCACGGACCAGAGGACGGCGGCCUGGUGGUGUACAAAGGCACGCACGAGCUGAUGGAGGAGUUCUUCACCAGCGUUGUUCCAAAAAAAGACUGGACCGAGCGCGACUUUUUCAUGAUCUCCGACGAGCAGCUGCAGUGGUUUCUGGACCGUGGGUGUGAAGAAAUCAAGAUCGAGUGCGAGGCCGGCGACCUGAUCAUCUGGGACUCCAGAACGAUCCAUUGGGGGAAAGAGCCAUCGCCAUCAAGCAACACCAUCCGAACCGUGAUAUAUGCCUGCUACACUCCGGCCCACUUUGCCACGGAGAAGAGUCUUGCGGAGAAGAAGUCCUUGUUUGAGUCCUGGUCUGGCACCACCCACUGGCCCCACGAUAAUCUUGUCCGCACGGGCCGCAAGGCGUACUACGCCGAUGGCCGCGAGUGCGAGAAUAACCGCGACGAGCCGUUUGAGAAGCCUGCGCUCACAGACCAGUUGCUGAGACUUGCCGGAGUCAAACCGUACGAAAAUAAAUAA